AAGCGCCGACGACGGACUGGAUCGCGUGUCUUGCUGCCGGGCGGGUUCAGACGAUGCGCGGUGGAUGAGGAGUCCGCCUCUUCCCCGCGAACGAGUCGGCUUGGGCCGACACGCAAGAGGCCGCUCCGAAAUGACCUGAGUCUGCAAGUCGGUUUCGGCUGCUCGUGGGAAUGCGGCUGGCUCUUCCUGGCGAGCUAGGCUGCUCCUCUCUAUGGUACGCCCACUCUUCUACCUCGGCUUCGCCGCGACGUCGCAUCAUGUUGGGACUCCAGAAACCGGAAGUAGGCCUGAACAGAUACCGGAAAAAGUGGUUCCGCUCUCGGGAAGUAGUUUCGGCAGAUGCCGGAAGAGAAGGCCCCGGCAAACGGCGAGAGCCUAAGAUGGCGGAGGUGGAGGAAGUGACCGAAGGGUGUAACCUCCCCGUCUUGCGCCGUAACCAAGAAAACGAGGACGAGUGGCCACUGGCUGAAAUCCUGAGUGUUAAAGACAUCAAUGGCCGAAAGCUUUUCUAUGUUCACUAUAUUGAUUUUAACAAGCGGCUGGACGAAUGGGUCACUCACGACCGGCUGGACUUAAAGAAGAUCCAGUUCCCUAAGAAGGAAGCCAAGACCCCCACCAAGAACGGGCUGCCGGGAUCCCGGCCCAGCUCCCCGGAGCGUGACGUGAGGAAGACCUUGGAUCUACAACCGGCCACUCCAUCCAGCGGUAAAACCCUACCCAUCCCGGUGCAGAUAACCCUCCGUUUUAACCUAUCUAAAGAGAGGGAGGCCAUCCCUGGCUCGCCCGACCAAGCCCUCUCCUCCAGCUCCUGCGUCCAGCCAAACCAUCGUUCCACGAAACGGAAAGUGGAGGUGGUCUCUCCAGCAACCCCCAUCCCCGUUGUGACCGAGACGACACAGGCCUCGGUUUUUCCCCAGAAUGGCUCCGCCCGCCGAGCUGUGGCUGCCCAGCCGGGCCGGAAGAGAAAAUCCAACUGUCUUGGGACAGAUGAGCAGGAUUCCCAGGACAGCUCGGACGGGAUCCCCUCGGCGCCCCGCAUGACGGGCAGCUUGGUCUCCGACCGCAGCCACGAUGACAUCGUCACCCGCAUGAAGAACAUCGAAUGCAUCGAACUGGGGCGCCACCGCCUGAAGCCCUGGUACUUUUCGCCCUACCCGCAGGAGCUCACCGCCCUGCCCGUCGUCUACCUCUGCGAAUUCUGCCUUAAGUAUGUCAAGAGCCUUAAGUGCCUCCAGCGGCAUCUGAUGAAGUGUGACUUAAGGCAUCCGCCAGGCAACGAAAUCUACCGCAAAGGAACCAUCUCUUUCUUCGAGAUUGACGGCAGGAAGAACAAGAGUUAUUCUCAAAAUCUUUGCCUCCUUGCGAAAUGCUUCCUGGAUCACAAGACCCUCUAUUACGACACGGAUCCCUUCCUUUUCUACGUCAUGACCGAGUACGACAGCAAAGGCUUCCACAUCGUCGGCUACUUCUCCAAGGAAAAAGAAUCCACCGAAGAUUAUAACGUGGCAUGCAUUCUGACAUUACCCCCUUACCAAAGACGGGGUUACGGCAAGCUGCUGAUUGAAUUCAGUUACGAGCUGUCCAAGGUGGAAGGAAAGACGGGCACGCCGGAAAAACCCCUCUCGGAUUUGGGGCUGUUGUCGUACCGCAGCUACUGGUCCCAGACCAUCCUGGAGAUCCUGAUGAACCUCAAGCUGGAGAACGGCGAGCGCCCACAGAUCACCAUCAACGAGAUCAGCGAAAUCACGAGCAUCAAAAAAGAAGACGUGAUCUCUACGCUUCAAUAUCUGAAUCUCAUCAAUUAUUAUAAGGGCCAAUAUAUUUUAACGCUCUCCGAGGACAUUGUGGACGGGCACGAGCGGGCGAUGCUGAAGCGGAUUCUGCGCAUCGAUUCCAAGUGUUUACAUUUCACCCCCAAGGACUGGAGUAAAAGGGGGAAGUGGUGAUUUCCAAAGCCCAGCCCUUCGAACUGGCAGAGGGGGGCUUCCCCAGACCUCAGUGUACAGCAGGAUCAGGAUCAGGCCGAGCUCCCACCUGCCCCGGACUCCUAACAGCCCUGCGUGUCCUAGAUAGCCUUUUCCAGACGGGACUUGCAAGUCUUCGUGUACAGUCGUUGGAAAGCACAGUCGGAUUGUGCUCGCCCUGCUUGGAGAUACAUACAUACAUACAUACAUACAUACAUACAUACAUACAUACAUACAUAUAUAUAUGUUCAGACAUUCCUGAAUGCCCUCCAUCUUCCUGAGUCCCAGGUUGGGGGGGGGCUGAGGGGUUUCCGUGGGGCUGAGUCCCAGGAUGCUCGGGAACAGGAGAGAAGAGCAGAUUGUGGGGUGCUCCUUCGGCGUGGCCAGAGAAUGGAUGCCUUCCAGCAGCUGAUUUGGGUAGGGGGGAGAUAUAGUGCUAUGGGGCAGAACCUGGGGGGAGGAGCAAGGCAGGAGCCCUCCCACCCACGUCUCCAGCUCAGAGGAGACGGGGUCUUAUGGGCCUCUUCAUCCGGGAAAAGCCCGGAGAGCCAAGGAAAGAGACGCAAAACUCUUUGCAAACAUCACCCGAUGUCUUUGAUCAGAAUAAAUGAACAAAGUUUUUUUUUUUGUAAGUAAGAGA